AUGGUGAAAAAUGAAAUCAAGCUAUUGCUUACGGAAGAUUUGUCCCCUUACAAGUUAUCAUUAUUGAUAUUAAUACAAUUAUACUUGAACAACAAAUUACCUGUUCCUCAAUUAAUCCUUCUAACCCAAUUGAUCGAAAAGAAACAGGUAUUAGCAAUACCUGGAGCAUCACCUGGCGUAAUCAUUCAUAGUUUAAAGGACUUGUGUGACAUUAUAAAGGAUGAAAAAACAGAGCGAAUCUUACUAGAUGUUGUAUGGAACGUCAGAUCAGUGGAAGAUUUGGAAAAUGAUCAUAUCAAUCAAUUAAUGAAAUGCGUUAAACUGGGAAUAAUCACAGUUAAUUCAUCUUCUCCGGAAGCCACGAAAAUUGUUUCUUCAAAAUCCCUAUUUGGUUCGUUUGUUCUUAAAAUAUGUACCGCAUUUGCAACAUUGAAAUUUGAUGAAAGUCAAUUAUUAUUUCAAGCGUUUUCUGAGUUUAGAGAAUCAACACGGCAGAUAUAUAUUAAUCAAGGAGGAAUUAUUAGUGACAGCAUAUCUGAUCCCGAUUUUGAACUAUUUAAUCAUUUGAAUAACAAUUUGAAAGAAAUUGGUGUGAUAAAUACGACAUCAAAAAUCAUUCCUGUUCCUCGAUAUGACUUGCAACAAUUGCUAGACAAUCAGAUUACUUUGUUAGAAAGCUAUGGAACACCAACACCUCAAUAUUUGAAAGAUAUUAUGCUAUUAAUGACAUCUCCCAAUUCAAAUGUUGGACGAAUACAGAAUAUUAAUUUCAACAACUUACCUUCAUAUCAUUACCUUCGAUAUUUAGAAUGUCUACAAGAAUCUGACUACAAUGGGGCGUUUGAUGCAUUACACCAAUAUUUCGACUAUAUGGUAUCGAACAAUUCCAAGUAUUUUUAUCAUUUUGCCUUAAUUUCACGUGCAGCGCUACACCAAUAUUUCGGAGAAGAUGAUAAGGCAAUGGAUGCUAUUGAAGAAGCAAUAUCUGUUGCCCGUGAAAACAAAGAUAAUUCCACCUUGACGUAUAUUUUAUCAUGGUUAUUCAAUUUUAUGAAGAACAAACCGGAAUUAUGGAAUCGUCAGACUUUUUACAACAAUAAUAACGAAACACAAGUUCUUGACUUUCUUAUUAAAAAAUCCAAACAAGUAUCACCACUGCUUUAUUCGAUGAGUUAUAAUUUUGAAACUUUGCAAAUCAUGCAUAAUGGUGGGAAGAGCUAUAUGAAUAGCUUGAUUAAAUCCAUGUUCAUUGCUAUAAACGAUGCUAGACCUACAUUUAUAAAAUCAGCCGAACUUGCAGCCACAGUAUGGAGUCGUAUUGGUGAACCAGCAUUGAGUGAGGUUUAUAGUAUGAUUGCUAUGGAACUUACCGAUAAAGCAACAGAUAAAGUCAGUCUUUCUAUUCGUAUGAGUUUUUUGAAAUUUUUAAGUGGAGAUGUUGACUUGGCGUACAAUAAGUUGGAAAAUUUGAAAAAAGAAGUUACCGAUCAUUCAAUGUAUAAUUCAAUCCACAAACGAUGUCUCAUGAUGUCAAUAAGAUUGAACCUUCAAAAGGGAAGAUACAAUAUCUGUAAAAACAUCAUUAAUGUAUUGUUGGAUAAUGCUUUUAAGGAUACAGAAUUAAGAAAUGAAUUGUUGAUGUUGCAAGUUGAAGUUGAAACGUGUUUAGAAAACUAUAGUCAUGCUUUAUGCUUGCUUUCUAAGAUACAACUGAACGAUGUAUAUUUGGCAAUUAGAGUGGCCCUAUUGAAAUGCAACAUUUUUAUCAGGUCAGGCAACCAUUAUCGUGUUUUCUCGUUGUUGACACAACAAAUACAGUUAUCCAAACGAUGCGGGUUUGGAUAUAUCUACACCGAAGCUGUUCUAUUAUUUUGGGAAGUAUUGAAUUCAGUUGGUGCACUUUCUGAUGCUCUAAAAUUAAGUGAAGAAGUAAUGCCCCACGUACAACGAUUAAACAAUCGAGAACUUAUCUCGAGAGCAUAUUAUGAAUUGGCUCGUAGUUAUAAAGAUCAAUCAACUGCAUUACUGUAUACUCAACUUGCAAUAUCAGGAUUUGAAAAAUGUUCAAAUUUUAUUUUAUUGGAAAAAUCAUUAAAGUUGCAAAUCAAUUUGGCAGUUAUUCAUAAUGAACCAGAAAUUGCUCAAAAAACCAAUAAUGUACUUGCAAUAGUUCAACAAAAGUUACAGAAAGAAACCAGAAAAGGUUAUAUAUGA